AUGAAGUUCUCCGUCGUUGCAGUUUCGGUUGUUGUCGCUUUCUCCUUGACGGGGUGUAGCGAUGAUUCAACAACUACUGUUGCACCUACCACGAGUGUGGUUACUACAGCAGCUGCUCAGGCUACCACUGAACCUUCUAUCGAAACAACAACUAAAGGGUCUUUCAUGCCUCGUACCUCCACUUCGGGUGAUGUGACUACUGGAUCGUCGAAUGACGCCACUACAGGUUCCUCUGGUUCUGUUGUGACUACCACUGCCAGCAGCGGUGGAAGUUGCUCCGCUACACCGAGUGGCAAGUAUUGUGGCAAGUACAUGGUGUUUAAGGGUACCGCUACUAUUGAUAAUGGUACCUUUGACUUGACUGUGAGACCAUUGGUUAAUAUGAAGGGUGUUGAUUAUACCAUGGACGACUGCACCGACUUCGAGCCUGAUUACAAUGAUCCUCAGAUGGUGGAAAUGGCUGAUACGCUCGGCAUGACCCCCGCUGAGCUUCAGCAGGCUAUGACGAUUACUUAUGAUGAAUCCAACGACACAUUUGAUAUGUCCAUGGAUGGAGUAUCGCUCAAUCUCUCCAAAGACCAAUGCUAA